CAACAAGAGCAGAGAAGACAGCAAAGUACCUAAGAUGUGAGAAGUCCUUUCUUAUCAAAAGGAAGCUUUGUUUUCAAAAUGGACCGAAGUAAGCGGAAUUCAAUAGCAGGAUUUCCACCACGCUUGGAGCGCGCCGAAGACUUUGAUGGGGGCAGUGGAAGUGAUGGGACUACAUCCCAGAUAGGAAGAGUUUGGACCUCUUCAUACAGAGCCCUGAUAAGUGCCUUUUCCAGACUUACUCGUCUUGAUGACUUCACCUGUGAGAAAAUUGGCUCUGGUUUCUUCUCUGAAGUGUUCAAGGUCAGACACAGGACUUCGGACCAGGUAAUGGCUUUGAAGAUGAACACACUGAAUAGCAACAGAGCGAACAUGCUGAAAGAGGUUCAGCUUAUGAAUAGGCUUUCACAUCCAAACAUCUUAAGGUUUAUGGGUGUCUGUGUGCAUCAAGGACAGCUGCAUGCACUUACUGAGUACAUCAACUAUGGUAACCUGGAACAGCUAUUAGACAGUAACCAGCAUCUGCCCUGGACAGUGAGGGUGAAAUUGGCUUAUGACAUUGCUAUGGGAAUCAGUUAUCUUCACUAUAAAGGCAUUUUCCACCGGGACCUUACAUCCAAGAACUGCUUAAUAAAACGUGAUGAGAACGGAUACUCAGCAAUAGUGGGGGACUUUGGUUUGGCAGAGAAAAUUCCUGAUCACAGUGAGAAGUUACCUGUGGUGGGUUCACCCUUCUGGAUGGCACCAGAGGUUCUCAGAGAUGAACCCUACAAUGAAAAGGCGGAUGUGUUCUCUUAUGGUAUAAUUCUGUGUGAGAUUAUUGCAAGAAUACAAGCAGAUCCAGACUAUCUCCCUCGUACAGAAAAUUUUGGGUUAGAUUACGAUGCCUUCCAGCACAUGGUGGGAGACUGUCCCCCCGACUUCCUCCAGCUGGCCUUCAACUGCUGUAAUAUGGAUCCAAAGCUGCGUCCUUCAUUUACUGAUAUUGUCAAAACACUGGAGGAUAUUUUAAACCGUUUGAGAAACGAGGAAUCGGAGAGAGAGAGAAAAUUUUUCAAUAUUGACAACAGCGAAAGAAAGCCCAAAGGGUCAAUUGAAAAAGGACCAGGAGUAAAACGAUUGAGUUCCCUGGAUGAUAAAAUCCCACCCAAGUCACCUCGCCCACGUCGGAAUAUCUGGCUGUCCCGCAGCCAGUCGGACAUCUUCUCCCGCAAGCCUUCCCGGAAGAUAAACGUGCAGGAUCCCUACUAUACGCCAAACAAGGGGCUAGGCCGGAAAGUUAAUCCCUUCAAUGCCAGGGAGGACCUCAAGGGGGGCAAGAUCAAGUUCUUCGACAUGCCAAGCAAGUCCGUGAUCUCGCUCGUGUUUGACUUGCAUUCCCCGGAGGCAGGCGGUGGCCUCAGGGCCAGCCAGUGCCAGCUCCGGCAGGCGUGCAGCACGGACUGGCAGGAGCUUUCCCUGCUCCCGGGGAGGAGAUGCAGGUCGCUUCCCAUCUCCCCCGAGCUGCCGCAUAAGGAGUACGGCCUCUUCAGAGGGCUCUCCUCAACCGUGGGCAGGUGCGACCCGGCCCAGCUGGGCGCAGAGGUCCGGCAGAAACUCCUGAGCAGCAGUAAAUACGGCGUGGCAGAGAUUCCCCCCUUUCAAGCCAAGCUGCACAGGCCAGAAUUUCUUCCCGUUCCAGGACAAGAGGAGGAUAUGGACUGUUCAGAUGGGCCAGUGCCCCAGGAGGAAAAUGGAUUUUAUCCCAUUGAGAACACGUGUGAAGACGCGGCACGUAAUCAGCCUUCAGCCCUGGCCCAACUUGAGUCACUAGCCUGCAAAAGGCUCCCAGCUGAGAACUCGGUGAACUCGGAGGGACACGGCUCCUCACAGGCGUUUGCAGGUUGUCCCCCUUCUGAAGAGAUGGAGGUGGAAGACGAGCUGCAGAAAAAUACUGUGCUGGAGUCUGCGAAGCCUCUGUUCAGUGUCAGCCCCUCCAGGGAGCUGAGGAGAGAGGCCCGGCCGUUUGGUGAGCAGGACGGGGACGGCGCUGCCCUGGUGGCCUUGACCUCCUCCAACACCUCCGCAAGCAGCAGCGCACAGUCAACCUGUGACAUUUGAACAGAGUGCGCAAACAGGACAUGA